AUGACGAUGGCCAGACAUACGGCCGACUCGUACGACAGGAUCGCUGAACUGACACAACAGUAUUCGGCGGAAGCGCUUCCCGAAGAUGUCAGAGAUAUUAUUCCCGACUUUUUUCUCGAAUCGUACGACAAAUCGGAAAGAGUAGAAAAUUUUGGUCGAUAUGAUUACGUGACUGAUUCACUCACUGAUGAAGAGUAUACGAUUGGAUCAAGUCUUGAGACUGAGGGCAACGGCGAAGGCGAGAGGGAUGAGGCGGAAGGCGUCCCACUAUUGCGUAAUGUACUCAACAAUUUGGACGACAUUCCCGUCGAUCUGAAGAGUUCGGGUCAAGUGUUUGACGAGUACUUCCGCGAGGGCUGCGGCUGUCUUGAUGCUGACGUAUGGGCAUAA